AUGACGAAAAGCUUCGUGGAGAUCAAUCCGGCUGCUCACACAGCAACUCCCCCAACAGACUUUAACGCAGAGGCACCCGAGCAACCGGACCCCUCCAAGAUAGAGGUGGUAUCGGUGACGGAGGAAGACCUCCCCACCGUCGAGACCCCCAACACACUGAACGUCAGCCCCCUGGGCAGCCUCGCUGCUGUCCCCCGAUCAGAAAACGAUUCUGCCAAACCUGAAGAGCCCAAACCUCCAGCUGCACCUCCCAGCCCCACCAUGCCAAUCACCAAGGUGCAGCCGUUCAUUCACGAGGACGACCUGGACAAAAGCUGGAAGAACAGACUGUGGGCCCACCGCCUGGAGCUGCUCAUCGCCUCGUGCCUCGUCGUGGUGGUCACGCUCGCUCUCGGCAUCGGCCUCGGAGUCGGUCUGAGCUGCGUGGGGAAGUUUCGCUGCGGCUCGUCGUCCAAAUGCAUCAGCACGUCGGCUCAGUGCGACGGAGAGGUGGACUGUGACAACGGAGAGGACGAGCUCGGCUGUGUGCGUCUCAGUGGGUGGAGCUCCGUCCUGCAGGUGCAGAGGGGAGGAGUUUGGAGGACAGUCUGUUCAGAGGGGUGGAACAACUGGUUGGGGGUCUCUGCAUGCAAGCAGCUGGGAUACUCCAGGUACGUGGAGUCGUUCUUCAUCUCGCUGACCGCCAUCGAGCAGGACCUUCAGUUCAACCUGGUGUCCAUCAAUCUGAGCCAAUCACAGAUCAUUAAGCUCCAGAACGCCACAACUUUCAGUGUGUCCUCAGAGUGCGGCUCCAGGCCUCGGUACAGCACGCGUAUCGUCGGGGGGAACAUCUCCAAGCCGGCUCAGUUCCCCUGGCAGGUCAGCCUCCACUUCCGCAGUGAACACCUGUGUGGAGGCUCCAUCGUAACGUCCCGCUGGAUCCUCACUGCUGCACACUGUGUGUACGGCUUUGCAGACCCCUCCAUGUGGGCGGUCCACGUGGGGCUGACGGAGCAGCCGGUCCACGCGGCUCAGUCUCUGGCUGUGGAGCAGAUCAUAUACCAUUCCCGCUACAGGCCCAAAGGACUGGACUACGACAUCGCACUGAUGAAGCUGGCGACCUCGCUCGUCUUCAACGGCUUCGUGGAACCCAUCUGCCUGCCCAACCACGGGGAGGAGUUCGAGGAGGGCACCAUGUGCUGGAUCUCUGGGUGGGGAGCGACUGAGGACGAAGGAGAGACCAGCGUGGUCCUGCGCUCGGCCAUGGUGCCGCUCCUCUCCACAAAGACAUGCAACCAGCCGGAGGUCUACCAGGGCCUCAUCUCCUCCUGGAUGAUCUGUGCAGGAUACCUGGAAGGAGGAACCGACUCCUGUCAGGGGGACAGUGGUGGUCCUCUGGCCUGUGAGGACUCUCUGUCUGUGUGGAAGCUGGUCGGAGCCACCAGCUGGGGAAUCGGCUGCGCCAUGAGGAACAAACCGGGCGUUUACACUCGCAUUACACAGUCGCUCAGCUGGAUCCGCCAACAGAUGGAGAGAGAAGAGGCUCAAAACUCUCCAGCUGUGAGCUCAGACAACUGAACCGUCGAGUUACUUCUCUGCUCGGAGGCUUCAACACGCGACAAACACCAAUCAAAACUCAGAC